AAAGACAGCGCAGAAACUUCUAAAAUUUCCCCAGAUCGCCACCGGGGAAAACACGCAGCCGCGGCCCUGCAUUUUGCAGCACACAUGCGGCAUAUGAUUUUGACCCGAGCCUCGCCGGCGGCGAUCGCAGAUUAGGCCGGGACAGCGAGGAGGAGGAGCGGGUUAGCACCCACGGGCGUAUAUAAUUAGCGUCAUCAAACCACCCUGUUGGGUUGUGUUUCCCCCUUGUCCUCCAUGUGAUUCCAAAGUGUUCUGUAUUCCUAUUCCCUCUCGUCAAUCUUCAUUACCCCCUCCCCACCUCCUCCCCUCCCCCUUCCCCCCUUGUGCCCCCAUGACUCUCUGAUCGUGACCAGCUAUUACUCUCGGCCACCCUUCGUCUCCGGCAAAGGCAAAAGCCCCCCUCGCGGCCCUCCUGCUCUCCCCAAUUGGCCCCGUGCUGUCCGGCGUUCGGCUCGGCUUGCGGGGCGCGCGCGCGUGGCACCGGGAGGAGCGGCGGGCAGAGCGGCGGCGAGAGCGCCGGAGCGGAGCAUGCGGCGGUGAGAGCGCGGGCAGCAGGAGGAGCGAGGAGCUUUGCUUUGCUUGCUUGCUUGCUGGCGCGGAGGGAGCGGGAGGGAGGAUGCAGCAGCCGCAGCAGCAUCACCAUCACAAGCCCAAGCCGUCCCUCUCCGGCAGCCUGUCGUGGAUCCGGAGGUCCCCGCCGCCGUCGCCGCCGCACAGGAAGCCCUGGGGCGCCGGCGGCAGGGGCCGCUACGCCUGCCGCGCCGUGCCGCUGCUCGUGCUCACCGUCUACAGCCUCUUCACCGUGCUCCGCAUCCCCAGCUCCUCCCUCGUCGUCAACACCGCCGAUUCAGAGCGCGUGGACCGGCGGGAGGAUGUGGAGGCGUUCAAGACCCACCUGCCGUCGAACCAGAACAGCCUCGAGGCCCGCCAGGAGACCCGCUCUCCGGCAUCCCUCCCGUGCUCCGCCUUCAUCAGCGGCGAGGCGGGCGGCGGGCAGGCGGAGGAGGGCGUGCUCUGCUGUGACCGGAGCCACUACCGCAGCGACGUGUGCUACCUCCGCGGCGACGCGCGCACGGACCCGUCCACCUCGUCGGUGCUCCUCUACAACGCGCCCCGCGGCGCCGCCCCGGAGAAGGUGCGGCCGUACACGCGCAAGUUCGAGGAGAGCAUCAUGCGGUCCAUCGACGAGGUGACCAUCGUGCCCGUGGCCGCGGACGCCGGCAACGGCACCGGCACCGCCGACAGGGACAGCCUGCGGCGGCGGUGCGACGUGCGGCACCCGGCGGGCGUGCCGGCGGUGGUGUUCUCGACGGGCGGGUACACGGGGAACGUGUACCACGAGUUCAGCGACGGGCUGAUCCCGCUGUUCGUGACGGCGGAGCGGUUCGGCGGCGAGGUGGUGCUGGUGGUGCUGGAGUACCACUACUGGUGGCUGGGCCGCUAUGGCGCCAUCCUGGAGCGGCUGACCAACUACAAGAUCAUCGACUUCCGGUACGACCGGCGGGUGCACUGCUUCUCGGAGAUGAUCGUCGGCCUGCGCAUCCACGGCGAGCUCGUCGCGGAUGGUUGGCCGUGGAAUAACACCGUCCUGCGCCGGAGGCUACCGCCGCACGCAAAGGCGCCGUCGGCAGCGGAGGCCAGCUCUGCGCACGUGCUUGCAGGCAAGAGCAUCAAGGACUUCCAGGCGCUCCUCCACCAGGGCUACAGCGGGAAGCCGUCGGCGACGUCGUCGGCGCCGCUGCCGCUCCCACUCGCGACGCCGGCCCGGCCGUGCGUCCGGCCCGACGACCACGCCAAGGCCGCCAAGCCCAAGAUGCUCAUCUUCAUCCGCAAGCAGAACCGGGUGAUCCUCAACCUGCCGCACGUGGUCACCGCGUGCCGCCGCGCAGGUUUCGCGCCGCACGUCAUGAACCUCCGACGCCAGACGCCUAUGCCCGUCAUCCACGCGGCGCUCGCCUCGGCCGACGCCUUGGUGGCCGUGCACGGCGCGGCGGUCACCCACUUCCUCUUCAUGCGGCCCGGGACGGUGCUCCUCCAGAUCGUGCCCGUGGGGCUCGACUGGGCCGCCGAGUCCUUCUACGGCAAGCCGGCGCAGCAGCUCGGGCUGGAGUACCUGGAGUACAGGGUGGCGCCCGAGGAGAGCUCGCUGGCCGCCGAGUACGGGCUCAACAGCACCGUGGUGCAGGACCCCUCCGUCAUCAGCAGCCAGGGCUGGUGGGAGAUGAAGAAGGUGUACAUGGACCGGCAGAACGUCACGGUCAGCAUCAAGAGGUUCGGCGAGCUGCUCCGGGCGGCCAAGCUGCACCUCAAGAAGAACGCCACCGCGUGCGGCGGCAAGGCCGCCGGCGCGAGCCACGCGGCGGUGAGGUAGCAAGGGGCUCCUUGAGCCCCGGAUAAUUAGGUGUUAAAUGAAUCACAGUUCACAGCCGUCAAUUUCUCAGUGUUUCUUCUUCUUCUUCUUUCUUGUGUUAUUUCUGGUUGGAGGCGGGGGAGGAGGGAGAGUAUAUCGAGUACAAAAGAGGAGAUCAUGUACAUAGAAUUGGAUUGGUUGGAAGCCCCCGUGCACAGUGCUCCUACAUUCGUUCAGUUCAUGUUGUUGUUAGGGAAGUAUAAUAAUUUAUUCUAGGCCUCUCCUAAAUCAUCUUCUUUCUUGUCAAGUUCACAGCAGCAAUCGCCAUAGUUUUCUUUCCUGA